CCAAUCAGGAGCGAGGCCGCCUGCGCAGAGGGCUGGGCGCGAGAAUCGGCGGGAUGGACAAAAAUCAUAACGCCAAAUGAAAUAGAGAGCACUGGUAGAGACAAGAAAGAUAGAAACAACACGGACAGCAGCAAGUAAUGCAAGUAACGUUAACGUUGUAGUCUCUUCUACUUAAUAUCGGGUUUUUAUGUUGCGAUAUUGACUUUUCAGAAACACGUAACAGAAGAAGACAGUGACGUUUUUGGAAAGAUGUUAUCGACAGAGAGUAACGUUAAGGCUUUUCCAGAGAGAGCGUAAUGUUAUGGACUGUACAUUAAGUUAGCUCACUGGCUAGCCAAAUACUGCUAGCUAGAUGCGGCCGCGUCUCAGAAGAAACCAGCGAUGACUUACAGCAAUUUCUAUGGCUAAACAUAUGUUAAUGUGGAAUUUUAGACAGCUGCCAAACCACAGGUUCAUCUUUGAAAAGGUUCAAUCAUCCUACCAACUGUCAUGGACAACGUGAAUCCACGCAGCAAUGAUGAGGAUGAAGAGCCACACUCCACAGACCAAGAGAAUAAAGAGAAGAGCAAAGAUAAAAAGACCCUGUGUAAAGUAAAGUGGUCCCGAGAUGAGGAUGAAAAGCUGAAAAAACUUGUAGAGCAGCAUGGAACUGAAUCCUGGAAACUAAUAGCUAACGUUUUUCCAGGGAGGACAGAUGGCCAGUGUCAGCACCGCUGGCAGAAGGUGCUCAACCCAGAACUGGUGAAAGGACCCUGGACAAAAGAGGAGGAUCAAAAGGUUAUUGACCUGGUACACAAGUAUGGCCCCAAGCGUUGGUCUGUGAUCGCCAAGCACCUCCAGGGGAGGAUUGGAAAGCAGUGUCGUGAACGGUGGCACAACCACCUUAACCCAGAGGUGAAGAAGUCUUCAUGGACUCAGGAAGAGGACCGAAUCAUCUAUGAGGCCCACAAACGCCUUGGCAACCGCUGGGCAGAGAUCUCCAAGCUUCUUCCUGGACGGACAGACAACUCCAUCAAGAACCACUGGAACUCCACCAUGAGGAGGAAGGUGGAGCAUGAAGGGUACCUGCAAGAUGGCAGCAAGAGUUUCACCUCCUUUCACGCUGGAGGGAAGAGACGCCACCACAGGUCGUGCCCUCCAACUCCAACAGAGCCCCAGCACUGUGAUCACAGUCCCAUGCCUAUACCGGAACCCAACCAGAUGGGGGGAUAUCCUCAUGAUCCUCACAGUAGACACUUGAUGGAAGGUCUUCCCGAUAAUUCUGGCUUCAUAUCGCCAUCCUGCCUAGAUGAUCCUGACAGAGAGCAAAGAAUUAAGGAGCUUGAGCUGCUGCUUAUGUCAGCAGAGAAUGAAGUCCAACGACAAGUGCAGUGCAGAGGUCCACGUAGUUUGGAGCAGUACUGGUCCGACAGUGUGUCGGAUGACACAUUGACUACAAGUAGCAGCAGCCUAGAGGAACAGGCGGAGAGAAGGCCCUGGAGGGGCCCUGAGAUCCCCCAAGGACCUCCACCACAGCUUCCUGUCUCCCCCAGCAAGUUCCUGGCUGUAGAGGCCAGCACUGUGCUCUCUACCCUGCAGACCAUACCAGAAUUUGCAGAAACCAUGGAGCUCAUUGACUCAAUGUGUUUUGCUCUGCAGGACCCUGUUGCAUGGAGCGAUGCGGCCAGUUUCGACUUGUCAGAGACAGUGACACCACCCAGGCACAACCAGGCAGGCUACACCACUCUCCUGCAAGAGAGGACGAUUGACAAUUCAAUGGGCUACACUGUCAACACUCCGACUGCCAUCUCUGGUCGCGAUAAGAACUGUGCUUCAUUUGGUCUGGGCGGUGUCACCUCCCUGACUCCUAUCAACUCAUCCAAACCCACCCAGGCAUCCAUUGGGAGGAGGAGGAGAAGAGAGAGGGGGGAACCGUCUCCUUUGUGUGACAGGACCUGCUCCUCCUUCUUGGAAAAUAUCUCAAAUUCUCCCAAGAAAACGCCCACAAAGUCACUGCCAUUCACCCCGUCACGAUUCUGCAACAUAUCAGGGGCGGAGCAUCUGAAUCUGGAUAACCCCGCCCUCACCUCAACUCCCGUGUGUGGCCAAAGGUGUCUCCCCAACACGCCGCUCCACAAAGAAAGCACACCGAAGCACCAGAAAGAGAAUGAUGGUUUGCGGACCCCCAAAUUCCGUAAAACUGUCAUGAUUCCAACCCCGAGGACACCGACUCCCUUCAAAAAUGCUUUGGCUGCCCAGGAGAAAAUGCAUGGGCCACUGAAGAUGGAGCCACAGCCGUUGGCAUUUCUAGAAGAAGACAUUCGAGAAGUUCUGAAGCAAGAGACUGGCGCAGACAUCUUUAACAAAGCAGACGUGCAGCCAGACUACAGAGCAUGGAAACAUAAUAUUGAUGGCCCAGCUAGAAAGGUGCGCAAGUCUCUUGUGCUGGACCCCUGGGGAAAAGACUGCCUAAACGUCCAACUCUUUCAAGAGCAACUCAACAACGCACAAAUGCCAGAUGAUAGUCUACUGACGGGCUCUUCACUGGGCAGCCCAAUCCCUGAGCAAGAGGAGUGUAGCCGUUCUUUGACUUCUGGGCGAGACGAGCCCUCAUUAGUUCCCGUUCAUCCUCAUUGCUUUACUAGCCCCCGGAUGAAGAAGCUUCUUGCCUCCCACAAAGCACCAAAACACGCCUCUGUACAGGUGAGUGAGUGGGAAGCAGUGGUUUAUGGGAAGACAGAGGACCAGCUGAUCAUGACAGAACAGGCCCGUCAGUACCUGAACCCUUACACGUCAUCUGGCUCUACCUCAAGGGCCCUUGUGCUUUAAAGCCAUCCCCUCGCUGUGCAGGCAACACUACUACACCCGUCCAACGACUAAAACCUCCACUGAAUCCUGUAAGAGACAAUCCAGUGAAGACAAAUGAUUUUAUUUUUAAUUUUGAAGCAGAAAUGCACUGCCAAGGACGUCCACAAAAAGGCAUGGCUACUGGUAUUGUUUUCAACACAUUUGUAGGUCACUGUCCCAAGUAGUUUCUUGUGUAUAGGGUUGGCCUGUAUUUUCCUUUGAAUACACACAACCUGGCAACGUAAGCAGUUUUGUACAGAUAUGAAAAGGCUAGAAUUUCUUUCUGCACUAGUCCGUAAUGUUGAAACAACCUGCACAUACAGCAGGCUGUAGAAAUAGAGUGUUUAUUACUAGCAGUGGCUGCUUCUGAGUUUUAUAUUGUUAAUAUAUUGUUUAAAUGACAAGAAAGAAAAACAUUUUAUAAUGUAACUCUACUCAUUGUGUAUCUCCUCCAGCUUGUUUUGCUAAACUGCCCCAUUGCUGUUGUCAGAUAAAAAACACGUACUGUACAUGCAAAAAUUUUAGCUUUUUAUUGACACCCAUGCAUUUUUUAAAUCACACCAUAGGUUUGUAACUUGACACAUACCUUACAGCAUAUAAUGUCAACCAUGGCUUUGCUAUUAGAGAAAAAAAAAUGCAGUUACGUGUUUUUUUUUUUUGUGUGACAGCAGUGUUGCAUUGCUGAAUGCCUAUCUACGGUGAUGUGAAGUUUUUGAGGAUGGAAAUAAGAAACUGUCAGUAUUGCACUACUGAGUUGAUUUCGCUGCUGAGAAAGCAGCAGAGUUUUAAGGGCAAACUGGAUAUCACUUGUGAUGGUAACACGUUUCCUUUCCGAGGCCAUAGUGUCUGUCAAGACAUUAGUUGAAUGUAUUUCAUUGCAAUGUACAUGUGUAAGAACCUCAAAAAUGGAAGGGUACCUUAAUGUUUAUUUUUGUUUGUUUUAUUUAUUAUCUGACAGCUCUAAAGCUUAGAUAUUAAUAUAAAUCGGACACCAUUUUAAGAAGUUUAACUUUGCUGACAAAACAGCCUAAAAACCCUCACUUGCUCUCAAACAGUUCUCAAAUGAAAAGUCACCAUUGCUUUGACUGACCAGUUUUCAUUUCAUCAGUGUUCUACAACAAGCAUUUGGUCGAGAAGGAUUUACUUUUUACGUGAAGGCUGUAGGUUUUAUUUAUUUAAUUUCUACUAAUUUAUUUAUUUCUAAAAAAAAACAUUUAAGAGAAAUUAUUGAAGAAUUUUAUUGUUUUUCAAAAUCAGGAUUGGGCUACCAUUCAGAUUCAUUACUCCAAGUUAGAAGAACAUGCACUGCCACUAAUUACAUACAUUUUUUUUUUCUGAUCAGGCAAGAUCUAGUAAAUAAUCAUUGCGUAGUUGUAUCUGUGAUCUUGUAACAUAGGUAGGACAUUGUUUUCCUUUGAUUCAAAUACGUUCUUUGCUAUUAGGUAGCAGGACUCCAUCUCCGACUUCUAAUCAUAGACAAAUUGCACUUUUUACUCAUCAUUUAAUUUUAAAUGUUUGUUCAUUCUGAUGAUGUAGCUCUUGUCAUUUUAUUUUAUUGUGUGUGUGUGUGUGUGUGUGUGUGUGUUAGACAUUUGUCUCCCUGUUUUGUAAUGAAUGCUGACAUUACGAUCCUGCUGCUUGAUUUGAACUUUUCUCCUGUUCUGCUGCAAAAAUGUGUGCUUAAAUACAUUACAUUUGAAGCCUUACUUUAAACAUUUUUAGACAGAUGGCAAAAACAGCUAACACACACCGUCCUAUUACAACAAGAACCAAAUUUGAUCCCUGCAGCAGCCAGUGUCACAACAACCUUGUAUCCUGCUGAAAUGCCGUUGAGCAAGACCCCAAACCCCUACCUGCUCACUCAUUAUCUGACACUGCGUUUGAACAAAGUGCUUAAAAUGUAAUGUAAAUAUGCACGGAUUUGGGUGUGAUUCUAAAGAAAUGUACUGCACUGUGCUUCCAUGUUAACAGGCUGAUUCAUGUCAUUUUUUAACCAUCCUGAAACAAGCAGUCUAAUCUGGUGAAGUUAACACUACAGUUAUAAAUGGUCUUCUUAGUAUUAUCGGCAUUAGCGAAUCCAGUAUUAGUUAUAAUCUGGAUUAUCCUGCAUUUGAGUGAGAAUAAGAAGGGAAUCUUGUCAGGGAGAUCAAGUGGAAAGAUCAGGAGUAUACAAUACACAAAUCUGAAACAGAAAGUAGCGUAACCUCCACAUAAGACAUUGUUUCUGGUGGCUGAGAUAUGUCUAAUCUGUAUAUAAUUGCAUUAUAUGUUCUGUUUGUUGGUUUGACUUGUGUUUGUACAUUCCAUUUGUUAAAUCCAAGUUAAUAUGUUUGUAUGUUAACAAUAUUUGGCCAUGUAAUAUCAUAGGUUUUGAGGGAAUUAAGUACAUAUACAGGAUAGUAGCCACUGUUAUAUACUACUGUAGUUAUGCAUGAGCAAUACACAAGAUGCUGGACUUUGCUAUAAUUGACAAGGACAAGGUGAAUCACAAAUGUAACACUCGCUCUGUAUUUUUGUAGCAUUUUUUCAGAUGAAAUUAUAACCAAGGUACCAUAGAAAUCCUGCCAACUGUCUUUGUAACCAUGUACUUAAUUUGAAAAAAUAAAUGCAUAUAUUGCAUGACAUCUAUGGCAUUUAGAAUUUUA